AUGUACGUCCCGACAGCUCCGAUGAAUUCGUCGACUAUCCUGACGCCAAUGGCGCAGGACACCUACUGGGGCUCAUUUGAGGAAAUUUCCAAGUAUAAUGUCUCACUCAACUACUUCGAGAAGAUGUGGCUCGCCUGGUACACAUGGAUGGGCAAUGAUGUUCUGGCGACAGGCAUCGUGUCGUUUGUCAUGCACGAGGCUGUCUACUUUGGGCGUUCGCUACCGUGGAUUUUGAUCGACCGCAUUCCGUACUUCAGAAAGUACAAGAUUCAACAGAACAAAAUCCCCACCGCUUGGGAACAGACACAAUGCGCGCUUCUCGUCCUCUUCUCUCACUUCACAGUCGAGCUCCCUCAGAUCUGGCUCUUCCACCCUAUGUGCCAGUACUUUGGCCUUCAGACUUCAGUUCCCUUCCCUAGCCCCUGGACUAUGGCCUACCAGAUCGCUAUCUUCUUCGUUAUGGAGGAUGCAUGGCACUACUGGUCGCAUCGCCUGAUGCACGCAAGCUCUUUCCUCUACAAGAACAUUCACAAGAUCCACCACCAAUACUCUGCUCCGUUUGGUCUGGCUGCGGAAUACGCCUCCCCGAUCGAGGUCAUGGUCCUGGGUUUCGGAUCUGUCGGGCCCCCCAUCAUAUGGUGCGCUAUCACCAAGGACCUCCACAUCCUCACCAUGUACACUUGGAUCGUGCUCCGCUUGUUCCAAGCUAUCGAUGCGCACAGCGGUUACGAGUUCCCAUGGAGCCUGCACCACAUUCUGCCAUUCUGGGCCGGCGCUGAGCACCAUGAUGUACACCACGAGAAAUUCAUUGGGAACUAUGCCAGCAGCUUCAGGUGGUGGGACUUCUGCCUCGACACUGAGGCCGGUGCUGAGGCCUCCAAGGCUAGGAGGCAGAAGAAGCUGGCCAAGGCCAGGAAGGCUCAGUAG